AUAUGAAAAUAUAUGGUUUUGAUGAUGAAGUUAUUCUUUCAGGUGCAAACCUCUCAUCUGACUAUUUUACGAAUAGACAAGAUAGAUAUUAUCUUUUCAAAUCCAAAGAUCUCAGUGACUACUACUAUAAAGUUCAGCAUGCUGUUGAAUCAUUGAGCUAUAAACUUAUCCAUUUUGAAGAUAAGUCACAAUUUAGACUUGUGUGGCCAACGUCAAAUCCAGUAAAUGAACCAGGAAAGGAUAUUGAAAAAGAUGAUGUUGCUUCAGACCAAAGGACAUUUGUGUAUCCAAUUUCACAGUUUACUCCUUUAUUAAAGCCAGAUAUAUCAACAGAAAAACCUAGCAUAUUAAAGAUCUUAGGGUAUGUUAAUGAUAAAUCUGUUAAUUGGACAUUUACUGCUGGUUAUUUUAAUAUGCUUCCGGAAAUUAAAGCCAAACUUUUAGAAUCAUCAUCGAAAGGUGUUGUGAUAACUGCUUCUCCGUAUGCUAAUGGGUUUUACAAAUCAAAAGGAAUUUCUGGCUGCUUACCAGAUGCUUAUCUUUACCUUUCCAAACUUUUCCUGCAGGAUGUUUUUAAGCAUGGAAAAAAAAAUGACAUUAUUUUAAAUGAAUGGAAACGCGGUGUUGGAUUAUGGGCUACAGCUUCAAAUGAAGAAGAGCCAUCUUUAACUGUCAUUGGAUCUUCUAAUUAUACCAGAAGAGCAUACUCUUUUGACUUGGAGACAAACGCAGUGGUUGUUACCAAUGACAAAGAGCUGAAAUCUAGAAUGAGCAACGAGGUUUCCAAUCUUCUUCAGUACACUAAUACAUUAUCACUAGAAGACUUCAAAGAUGAAGAAAGAAAGGUCAACAACCUUGUGAUUUUCGCUACCAAACUUCUGGGAAAAAGACUGUAAUUAAUAUUUGUAUAUAGAUGAAAUUCAUGCUAUUGAUAUUGUAUCUUUUUUAGCUGUAAGAUUUGUAAGAAUUGGUCUGGUGUUUCUAUAUAUCCACGAUUGAGAUAUCAAAAUUAAAAUCAUAACGAACUGGAA